CGUGACGUAGCUGUAGUUGAUGUAAAAUGGCCACCAUCGUGUGUUAGUCAAAACAUAACGAAGGAUCGCAAACAGACACAGAAAAACCCAUUUGACGGGGAAAUAUAAUCCACUAGGUGUUUGUUGUGUUUGAACAAGGUUCAGCCAUGGCCGAGGAGGCAACCGUUGGCGUGAGCCCGGAGGGGCUCGUAGCCCUGGAUGAGCCCAAGAAGAUGACCCGCGAGGACUGGAGGAAGAAGAAGGAGCUGGAGGAGCAGAGGAAGCUUGGAAAUGCUCCCGCUGAAGUGGAUGAGGAGGGAAAGGACAUCAAUCCUCACAUCCCACAGUAUAUUUCAUCAGUGCCAUGGUACAUCGACCCGUCGAAAAGGCCCACACUCAAGCAUCAGAGACCACAGGAAGAAAUUGCGAUGCAAUUCUCAACCAUUGGAGAGUGGUACAAGAGAGGAGUGAAGGAUACUUCUCUCACCACAAAAUUUCGAAAGGGAUCUUGUGAAAACUGUGGUGCCAUGACACACAAGAAGAAGGACUGCUUGGAGCGACCCAGAAAAGUUGGGGCGAAGUACACAGGUACCAGCAUAGCUCCAGAUGAACACAGUCAGGUACAGCUGGACUUGGACUAUGAUGGAAAGCGAGAUCGCUGGAACGGGUAUGACCCUGAGGACCACCAGCGCAUUGUGGAAGAGUACGCCAAAGUAGAUCUGGCCAAAAGGACCCUGAAGGCCCAGAAGCUUCAGGAUGAGUUGGCUUCUGGAAAACUGGACCAAGCUCAGCGAGAACACGACAGUGAGGAUGAGGAUGAAGAUAAAUAUGCAGAUGACAUCGACAUGCCUGGUCAGAACUUUGACUCCAAGAGAAGAAUCACUGUCAGGAACCUGCGUAUCAGAGAAGACACAGCUAAAUAUUUGAGGAAUUUGGAUCCAAAUUCAGCAUAUUAUGAUCCAAAGACUCGAGCUAUGAGAGAGAACCCGUACUCCAACACCGGCAUGAACCCCGACGAGGUGGGGUAUGCUGGAGACAACUUUGCCCGUUAUAGCGGGGCCACCAUCAACAUGGCUCAAACACAAUUGUUUGCUUGGGAGGCCUAUGAGAGGGGAUCAGAGGUGCAUCUGCAGGCCGACCCCACCAAGCUGGAGCUGCUCCACAAGUCCUUCAAGGUCAAGAAGGAGGACUUCAAGGAGAAACAGAGGGACAGCAUUUUAGAAAAGUACGGAGGUGAAGAGCACUUGGAUGCUCCGCCAAGGGAGCUGCUCUUGGCCCAGACAGAAGACUACGUGGAAUACUCUCGUCACGGGGCAGUACUGAAGGGGCAGGACAAGGCAGUGGCACGAUCCAAGUACGAGGAGGAUGUGCUCAUUAACAACCACACUUGUAUUUGGGGCUCCUUCUGGAACGACGGCUACUGGGGAUACAAGUGUUGUCACUCCAUGGUCAAGAUGAGUUACUGCACGGGAGAUGCUGGACUUAGAGUGAACAACACAGACUGUAUUCCAUUCGAGGAGGGACUGAUAGAGGAGGAGGAGGAGGAGGAAGAACCGCCCAAGACUCUGCUGGAAAUGCAUCGAGAUAAAAUGAUGAAAGAAAAGAAGAAGAAAAAGAAGAGCAAGAAAAACAAGAAGCACAACUCUGACGACAGCGAUUCAGACGACGCAGAAAAGAAAAAGGAGAAGCUGAAGAAGGCACUCGAAGCAGAGGACAAGCGGGUGAAGCACAUAGAGGCAAUAAUGCAGGUGGAGGAGAGGAAGAGGCCGUACAACAGCUUACAGGAAGUGAAGGCGCCCACUGAGGAGGAGAUGGAGGCCUUCCGCAUGAAACGCUGCCGGGAGGACGAUCCCAUGGCUUCCUUCCUGGGACAGUGAUGUGCUGACUCACUUUAACUCUCCUAAGGACUCUUACCAGAGCUGCUGCUCGGUCAAAAUAAUCAGACUCAAGACUCAGCUACUGUUUGGUUACACACUCGUCAAAACGUGUACAUGUGUUCAUUUCUUUUUGGAAUACUUUUGUUUUUGAGGCCACAGGUUGACAGACCAUAGGACAAUAAGGAUAUAUGCUUUUGUUCUAAGUGAGAAAAUGUAAGUGCUGUUUUUUUUAGAUUAGUGCGCCUCCCUCAUGUCUCAAUAGUAUCAAAUGCAACUACUUUUUCAUUUGGAUUCUCGCAUAAUUUUUAUAAUAAAAUGUAUGUGUCCCUGAA